AUGCUUCGAGAAGAGAAGGACGAUGGUAGUGGACGGAUGAGGAAGGAGAUGUGCCGAUGGCCAAAAGCUGCUUGCUGUGUCGAUCGAGCCGUUCGAGAAUGUGUCGAUUCAGCCGUUAUAUUGUUUCAUAUCGAAACGCCUCCAUUCAAUGGUGGUGCGGCUGUGGCUGACUGGAUGCCAUUGCGAUUGAUAGAACAGAUUCUACGGGCUCCCACAUAUCUUCAAGCACAGCACAUUACAGCACACCGGCUCAAUGAGGUAUUCACAGGGUUAUCCCUGUUCUCUUAA